GCUGUUGACAAGUGUCACUGAUAAGCCGAGUAGGUACAAAUAGCUAUAUAGUUUAUAGUUUAAUUUGGGUGAUAGCUAGAAUAAAAACAGUGUGCAUUAAAUUAUAUUUUCUAUAAAUUUCUUCUCUUUUGAAAUACCAAAAUGGGGCGAAGUCCUAGUCCUCGCCAUAACACAAAAAGGAGGCGCCUAACUUCUCCUAGUAAAGAUCGCCGCAACACAAGAAUUAGCCCCACAUCCACUCAAAGUACAUCUAAAAAUUUCGAGACAGAAUUCAGUUUCUUUAAUUAUAAACGAGAUCUAAACAAAAUAUUGCUAUACAGCAAUGAAAGUAACACAGUAGUUAAUAGUUUGGAAGAUUUUUGGGUAUUUCUAAAGAAAUACGAAGCUACAAUGAGGAAAGCCGGCAAACCUAUAGUCGAUGUCCAAAAUGAUUCGGACACUUCAAAGUUUUCCAAAUUCAAUUGCAUUAAUUUCAUAACAGUCAUAAAAUUCGUAGAUACAGCUUCUGAAAAGCAGAGGAGGUUGGAUAAAAAAUUGUUUGAAGCAUUUUUAAAUGUGGUGUCGAUUUACAUUGAUUUUAAGAAUAAAGAGAAAUAUGAAAAAUUAAAGAAACUGCGGCAAGCUCAACAGGAGUUGCCAGUGGCUAAAUACAGACAUGAAAUUGUGUCAGCAGUACAAAAUGAAAAGGUUGUGGUUAUCGCGGGUGAUACUGGAUGUGGUAAAUCAACACAAGUACCCCAGUAUUUACAUGAGGCGGGAUUCCAGAAUAUUGCAUGUACUCAACCAAGGAGGAUAGCUUGCGUGUCCCUGUCAAAAAGAGUUGCAUAUGAGAUGCUCACACAGUUUGAAUCAAAAGUUGGGUAUCAGAUAAGAUUUGAAAAAAGUAAGACAUCGGAUACAAAAAUAUGUUUCAUCACUGAAGGACUGUUACUAAGACAGCUGUCAUCAGAAAAUUUACCUUCUUAUGAUGUGAUUAUUCUCGACGAGAUUCAUGAACGUCACCUAAUGGGCGACUUUCUGUUGGGUGUGUUGAAAUGUUUGAUUCACACUCGUAACGACAUUAAGUUGGUACUUAUGUCCGCCACAAUUAACAUCAAACUAUUUCAAGAUUAUUUUUCUGCUGAAUCAGCUGUGGUUAUACAAGUGCCAGGCCGUUUAUAUUCUAUUGAGCUGAAUUAUAAGCCAAUAUUGGUAGACGAUAAACCCACUAGGGAUGACAGACUUGACCCUCAGCCUUACAUACAGAUCAUGCAACUAAUCAACAGUAAAUACCCAAGUGACGAGAGAGGUGAUCUAUUGAUCUUCAUGUCCGGAGUACAGGAGAUAACGACGAUAUGCGACGCGGCGCAGCAGUAUGCGGAGAAAUCUAAGAAUUGGAUAGUGCUGCCGUUGCACAGUGCGCUGUCUUUAGCUGAACAAGACAAGGUAUUCGACUAUCCACCAGAGGGCGUUAGAAAAUGCAUAGUAUCGACGAAUAUAGCAGAGACAUCUGUUACUAUAGAUGGGAUCAGAUUUGUCAUAGAUUCUGGAAAGGUAAAAGAAAUGAGUUAUGACUCCACCACGAAAAUGCAGCGUUUAAAGGAGUUUUGGAUAUCGAAAGCCAGCGCCGAUCAAAGGAAGGGUCGCGCUGGAAGAACAGGUCCUGGAGUCUGCUAUCGAAUAUAUUCAGAACAGCAAUACUCUGAUAUGGACGCGUUCAGUACUCCGGAGAUAUCGAGAGUGCCGCUAGCGUCGAUACUGUUGCUCAUGAGUUCGUUGGGAGUGAAUGAUGUGAGACGGUUCCCGUUUAUCGACGCGCCACCAGAGGAGGCUAUCGAAAAUGCCCUUCUCGAGUUGAAGCAACAUGGUGCGCUAACGUUUAGAAAACUUACAUCAUUAGGCAAGGUACUUGCUAACUUACCAAUAGAAGUAUCGCUUGCCAAAGCGCUAGUAAUAGGGAGUGCAACUCUGCCUGCCCACAAACGGGACUCGGCGUUAGCAUUGACUGCGGCGCUCGGAGUUAGAUCUAUAUUCACAAGGAACGCGCAUCGGGAUUUUGAAUGUGAGAACGCCCGCAAACCAGACGAAUCCGAUCACGGCGACCCUCUCACACUAGUGUCGUUGUACUGCGCGUGGUUGCGAGUGAAGUCGGAGGGCAGAGGUAGUGGCGCGUGGUGUUCGCGGCGCGGCGUCGAGCAGCAACGGUUGUACGAACUCACCAAGCUCGCCGCACAGCUACGGGGACUGUUGCAGGACAAUAAUCUGAUGGAAACUCAGGAACCGGAGACGAUGUCGUCCGCGGAGAGAGCGCUUCGACACGGACAGUUAAAACAGUUGAAGGAUAUGAGAAGGCAAUACAAACAGAAAGCGGCCGAAGAUUUAAAGCGAAAGAAACGUCUCAAAAUGGACUCGUGGGAGAUAGUGGACGAGCGAGCGAAUGACGAUGACAAUGAUUUGGACAUACGCGAUAUAGAGUUUCGUAUGACCAAUGACGCGUCGAGGAUACAAGCGCUUAUAAGCGGCUCGAGCACUUCGAGCGGACGAGAUUUGGUUAUGUUAAAGCUUGUCCUGUGCAGAGCGUUAUACCCUCAGAUUGCUGUAGCGGACGAGUUCAAUCAUUGCAAGUCGCCAUCCGAGCAGCUGUACCACACGUGGAGUAAGCCGUUCGUGUUCGUGCACCCCGCGUCGUACUUCGGCAAGCAGCCGCGCGCGCUGCAGCUCACGGAGGCGGACAUACACACGGACGCGCCCGCCGGGUACAAGAGCCGCUUGCCACUAUCGGACCGGCAUCAGAUAUUGUGCUAUUUGUCGCUGUUGGAAACUACAAAGCCUUACAUAGUGAACUCUAUGCGCAUGCCGGCCGCGCAGACUCUGUUACUGCUCGCGCACUCCAUCGACACCAAUAUUGGAUUUACCAGAAUAGUGUGCGACUCAUGGUUGCUACUAGAAUUUCCGUAUCCCGAAACUGGUUUAAAUUUGUUACUGAAAGCUGUUAAACUGCGACGGAGGUGGGACGCGUUGAUAAACAGCCGGCUAGCAGAUGCAAGCCCAGCAAAGUCAGUGGAAGGCGAAUUAGAGAAACAGCGGACGACAAAGUUAUCGUAUGAAGAGCUGCAACACGACUUGUCAUGCGAUAUCAGCUCUUAUAUGAACAGCCAAGUUUAUUAUACCAUCAAGCGGCUAUUGCCAGGUGACCUCAAGGUCCUGUACCAGGGUGCUGAUGAGGCGCAUGCGAACGUCGAUCCGAAUCCAUUCGACGAGGGUUACGCGUGUCACCCCAACGAGAAGAAAGGUGGCGUGUAUGUCACCGACAACGUUGUUUAUAACUGUGUGGUGGACACAGAUUGGAGUUACAACAGCUAUGAACAAACAUACAGUUUGCCGUGGAAAUGUUCGAAAUGCGACCUUACGGUCUGCCUCUCACCGGUAGAACGACUGCAGCACACGCAAUUCACCUGCUCAUCUAGAACAGUCGAGAAAGAACCAGAAACUCCAAAAGUGGUGCGAGAAAAUAAGCUCAACGCGAUAGAUUUUAAGUGCGAAAAUUGUAGUGAGACAUUAUAUUUGACGCCGGUGGAAAUAUUGAAGCAUAAGAUGGGUUGUAAAAAGAAAUAAAUAUUGUAAAAUA